AAACGUGUGUGCAGCGAAAACUGGUGUGCGGCACCUAUCCUCGAGGACAUCCGGUCCACGUCGAUCGGUCAUUUAUCGCCGAUUAUGAUGCACACAUUGGUCAUCAUGCUCUACUGCAGCCUGCUCCUCUUGAUUGCCGUUGCUGCACGGGCGAAUAUUUACUUGCCCUUAAUAAAGGACGUGGAAAGAGCAUGUAAUCCACCAUUCGGAUGUAUACAGGAAGAGGAUUUAUGGACGGAUAAUCUUCUGCGAGAAUUGAUCGAUCAAGUAGGAAAUGAAUUCGCGAGUGUGUCCGAUUCGUACAUGGAAUAUCAGGAGGAGAAAGCGAAAGAACUACCCAUGGAACUGCCGGCCGAUUACGACGGCAUGGACACGUUGAAUCCGAAUCCUAGUAUACGAGAUCAAGAGUAUUUGCAGCACAGUACGCUCUGGGGCCACCAACGAUUCGAUAAUAAUAAAAAUAAUAAUGACAAGGGUUACGACAGACAUAGGAUUCAAUCCGGCCUGAAAGGAUUCAAGGACGAGAAGGCGGAAAAUCCUUUGCCGGCUUACUGCACUCCUCCGAAUCCUUGUCCGGUUGGAUAUACAAGUGAGAACAAUUGCCUCACCAAUUUCGAAAAUACAGCGGCGUUCAGUCGCGAUUAUCAAAGCGCGCAGGACUGCAUGUGCGACACGGAACAUAUGUUAGAAUGCUCCAACGAUUCCGGAAACAGCAACAGUUUGUCGAACAUGCAUAUUUCCAAUUCCGAUCUCAAUCAAAUUGUCGAACAGUUUCAGGACGAAAAUCCAUUCUUUCAAGGAGAAAAAUUGCCGAUAGCUGCAAAGAAAGGCAUACACGUGAUCGAUUAAAGACUGCAGAAAUAAACUCGAAACGAAAUUAUUGAGAAACAAACGUCAGAACAUAUACAUAAUACAAACAUUGAUUCAAGUUGUAAACCGAUCGAAAAACGGGCUUCUAUUCAGAUACCGACUAUUAGAUGCAUAAUUAGGCACCGCCUAAUAAUAAUAAAUUAAACACACGCAUUUACGCAGCGUUAAAGCGUCAAACAUUGAGAAACGUUGUAACGUUUCCAAGUCUGAUGAUGCACGGACAAAGUUCUUAAAUGGACCACGGCUGUUUAUCAGCGGGUAUAUUAAAGUAUAUAUAUAUAUCUUUUUCUUUUCAUAGAACAUUAAUAGAGAUCUUGCCAGAUACAUGUGAUUAUAUACGUGUACGUUUUAAAAUUAUCAAGUGUCUACAGUUGCAAUUAUUCGGUUUAUAGAACAAUUUUCGUACAAGCUGACAUUUUUUCAAUCUACAGAAAUGCAGAGUGUUUCGUGAUGUUUGUAAGAUUCUGUAUUUUAUAGAAGACUUUCUGUAUUGGGUAGCGAUUGAACACUCUAUUAAACAUAUCCAGAUAAAUAUUCAACUUUUUCAUAAAGUUAAAGAGAAAUCUAUCAUAGAAGUCGACUUGGAUGUACGUACACAUAAAAUAAUUCUGAUAUAGUAAAAUGUUGUAUAAAUUGUAUACACCAUAAUAUGUAAUUGUGUUUUGUCAAUUAUAUUUUAUUUUAAUAUAUAGUGUAUCAAACAAAA